AUGAUCGCGAACGCUGUUGAGUCAACUGAUGACCACAUCGUCCCUGAUACGAUCGAUGUUGGCCAUGUGUUUGACCGCAGUGUCUUUCUCAACUGGGCGUCUGAUGACAACUUCAAGCAGUACCGUUGCCGCUUCACCAUGGAGGACAUCAAUCAGGAAGUGCACGACCUGGUCGACUACUACGGAGUGUAUUUUGCCAAAGGAUCUGCUAUGCCCUUUGUUCCCCUUACCCAUGACUCUCAGAAGGAGUGGCCUGAAAAGAUAACCGGUGUCAGAAUCACCCUUAACGCCUUCAAAAAGAUAUGCGAGCAGAGCCAUGAAGCCCUCUUUCAGGAGAUGAAACUCCGUACUUUCCUCUCAAUGGGAUGCAAGGACCUCAUCAGAGAGCUUCACAAGAUACUCAUGGACAACGAUCACAAUCUCACCGUUGUUUGCGAGCAUGCCAUGGCCUUCACUGAUACUCUGACCAAAGCCAAUGACACAAUCGCUACUCUUCGCGCCGCUGGAGACAACACGGAUGAGGAUAGAGGAGCCCCAGUUCGUUCUACUACUCGCCAGGCGGAGGAACAGCAGCUCACCGACCCAAUCAAUAACCAGUGGAGCAACGUGAUCCAAGAGAAGGACGAGAUGAUCCAAAUUCUUCAAAGCAAAGUCAUCAAUAUAACUGGUCGAGAGGGCACCCCUGAUUCAACACGAUCUGGAAGAGGUCCUUGCCUUACGCCCAAACAAAAGGAUCCCCUUAUUUUUAUCAAUAAUCCCCUUAUCGAGAAAGAUAAACCUGCUGUCAAGUUUAAUCACUGGUUCUUGAUCCUUAGAAAGAAGCUUACGAGCAGUGCUGAUCAUUUCCCCACUGAUAAUGACAAGGUUAUGUAUAUCCUCACCCAUCUAGGUGGCACUGCAUUGUCCCGCUUGAUGCCCUUUGUCAAUCCGGACGAUGUAACUAAAGAAUUCAUACUUAAGACUAGCAAGGAGAUUCUGGAUCACUUACACGAACAGUACAAUGAUCUCAAUAAACAGAAUAAAGUUAAGAAGAAGUUCAACAAGCUCGAGAUGACUACCAGCAUGGACUUCAAAGACUUCCAACUUGAGUUCGUGAGACUAGCUGGGAUGGCCAAGAAGGAGAAGUCGACUUGGAAGGAGGAGUUGUUCAAGCGACUCCCGAGUCGUCUCAACACCAUUUGCCUGGACAAGUAUCAUAAUGAAGCGAACGAUACCCCUCAAGGUCAACCGCAGAACACCAAUCCCCCGAAGGACAACAGCGGCGGAGGCAAUUCGUACCCUCCUCACAACCAGACUCCAAACCCUACCCCUAGAGGUUUCCCCAAUCGCCGCCCUGCUUCUGGAACGGUCGAGCAUUAUAACCUCCCAGUCCUUAGUACUGCGUCUGAUGGCUGUAAGAUAUACAAGAAGCCCCAGCUCGAGCAAAUCAAGGCUCUGAUUACAAAGGGACAGUGUUUUAUUCGUCAUGAACACGGCCACUGGAGCUCCGGGUGCCCCGUUAAGAGCGAUUUUGAGAAGCAGAACAAGGCUUGUAUCAAUGCUAUUUCCGCGAAGUUGUUUGAUCCUGCGACUGAAGAUUCCACCGCUGCUGCCCUGGCUACCGCAGAGGGAAAAGUCUAA